GGGCGCGCUGUGGGCAGCGCAGUGCGGCGCUGGGGGCGCGGUUGCCAUGGCGACGCCUCGCGGGGCUGCGGUUGUGGGCACGGGGCGGCUCCUGCGGCUGUGAAAAACAGAACCGAGAAAUGCUAUAAAAAUUAACUUUUAGGGGGGUUUUACAGCCUUUCUGGCAAAGGGGACCGUUCUACUGCCGGUCUAUUCUGCCGCUCUCUUAGAACAAAUGAUCCAGCUUCAGGCUUUGCUGAAUGAAAGCCUCGUCAGAACAAAGCACGUGGAGAACGCAGCCGCGAUCGGCAUCAACGAAAGGGAAAUCCGCGCUUCCACCCCUGGCUUCUACGUGCCACCAGAGAACGCCAUAAACCUCAUCUAUGCCUUCUACAAGAACUUGCUGCAAGUUAGGAAGGAAGGACUCUACUUCAAGCAGAAGCACUAUAAGUGUGUUAGAGCAGAUGAGCAUUCCAUCUAUCUUAAAAAUGCAGAUGGAGGCCUCAUAGUGGUGAAGACAAAAGCUUUCAUUCUGAUUGCUACAUACAGAGUGGGCAUGUAUCCCAGUGUUUGUGUGGAAGCUGUGGAGAAACUCGCAGAUUACUUAAGAGAGAAGGGUAGCUGAAUCAGCAGAAAAUUCGAACUCCAUCAAGUUCAGAAGGACUGUUCACCAGCAAAACAAGUACAGAAGUCUGACAUAUUAUCCAAUUCCAGCAAGUACCUGCUAUUUUACUGCAUUCCAGUGCAGAGUGAAGGCUCUUUCCUUCUGUUUUUCUCUCAAGAACUCCUGAUGGUUCACAGCUCCCAAGAGGACUGCCCUCUGCGUGUAUCAUCCAAGUUUCUGAACAGAAUUUAGAGUGAUGCCCAUGGGAUUUGGUUUAAGAUGCUUUCCUUAGUCUUUUGUAUGUUGUCUUUUAGUUUGUUCUCAGAUAAGAAGGUUAUGAAUUUUCCCGUGCAAAAUAACUUAACUCAUAGCGUUUCUCUAUGGCAUCACAGACCUAGGAGGCUAAGGAAAUUGCCGCAUUAACAGAUUUUCAGAUUGCUCUGUACACCUUUGAAUAUUAAAAAUAAAACACAUUUUCACAUGUCUGUC